UGUUAUUCUUCACGCAUGAUUGGAGAAGAGAGCUGCCAAUCCCAUAGUCCGGAAGCGCUAGAUGACGAAGUCAGAGCUGACGAAGUCAAGUCAAGUUUGGUACCAAAACACUGUCCAGCCUACCCGUCCAGCCUGCACCACCCACGCAAGGAGACCAAACCCUUUAACCGACACUUCAAGAUUAGGCUACUGUAUCGGCUGUGGACGAGACCUGCUAUACGCUCUGCUCUGCUCUGCUCUGCCCUGCUCGGUGCUGCGUGCUGGACCUUUAGGACCAUGGCUUUCCACAUCAUCGUGCUCCUGUCCAUGAUCUCGGUCUUCGAGGUGGCCCUCGGAGACCAGCCUGUGGAUGAGGAACUCAUCAGUACAAGGAAUGUGCCGCUGCUGGGAGGCUGGAGUUCCAUGAGCCCAGAGAGCCCCGAGGUUCUAGCCGCCGCUAAGAAAGCCGUCGAGCAGUUUAACGCCGACUCCAAGGCCAAGAAGUUCUUCAAACUGCUGGAGGUCUCCGCUGCUGAGACCCAGGUGACCAAUAUGAUCAACUACAAGAUAACAGCCACCAUCGGAAAGACCAAGUGUCGCAAAUCUGAAAACGCCGACCUGGAGACAUGUGACAUGGCUAAAAAGAGACUGCAGUGUAAGUUCCAGGUCCAGUACAACCCACGCAACGAUGAGCUCACAGUGCUGGCCACAUCAUGCAAGAGAUAAAGACUGUUUUGCUUGAGACGCAGGAGCCUUCUUGGAUUAUCCAGUCUAGAGGGGAUGCAAUCAGGGGAUUCUUUUGUAUAGAUUUAGCAGGUUUCAAAAGAAUGGGAUUUUUUUUUACACGUUUCUAACUUUUUCGCAUUUCGCUAUAAAAGGUUAAGGUAUUAUUUAUUGUUCAUGUGAAAGAAUGUUUUUUUCUUUUUUUUUUAAUGAGGUUUGGAUGACUAAAGUUAGUAUUUUUAGAAAUGUUAGUCAGCAGUCUGUCAAGUCUGGAGACAUUACGUACCCAACCUUGGAUCUGUGUGACUGGAGUGUGGGGUGAAUAAACAUCAACUUAUCACUCA